AUGUGUACAACCCCGAAAGACACCGCGAAAUGUAUGAGCUAUACUACGUAUAAGAAAGAGAGCCCCGGCUUCCUCCUCUUCGUCCUCCUCUUCCUCCACCUCCAGCUGCUGCUCCUCCCCCUCCUCCACUUCCAGCUGCAAAAAGAAACGGAAACCCUGCCUUUGGGUCCAAACCACAAGAUAACAAAAAAUACAUGGGAUACUUCAAUUUCUCUUCCCCCUCCUCCUCCUCCCAAACCGCAACACAGACAAUAUACCAAACCGGAAGAAAUAAAAGAUGGGACGGGACAUUUCGAAAACCAGACCACCAAGUCCUCCUCCUCUUCCUCCUCUUCACCUACCAAAACGCAACACAACCAGCAAGAUACCAAACAGCAAAAGAACCAACCUGUCAUCGAUACUUCAUUUCCUCCUCCUCCUCCUCUUCCUCCUCAUCCUCCUCCCCCUCCUCUGCCGCCUCCUCCUCCUCCUUCUCCAACCAAAACGAAACAAAAGAAAAAGAAAAAUACCAAACAGGAAGAAAGCGAAAACGCCGUGGGACAUUUCGAUACUUCAAUUCCUCCUCCUCCUCCUCCUACCGAACCAAAACGCAAGAAAAAUACCAAACAGGAAGAAAGCGAAAACACCUUGGGACAUUUCGAUACUUCAAUUCCUCCUCCUCCUCCUACCGAAUCGAAACGCAAGAAAAAUAUCAAACAGGAAGAAAGCGAAAACGCCAUGGCACAUUUCGAUACUUCGAUUCCUCCUCCUCCUCCUACCGAACCGAAACACCAGAAAAAUACCAAACAGGAAGAAAGCGAAAACGCCGGGGGACAUUUGGGAAAACAGGCGACCAAGUACUCCCCCUCCUCCUAUCCCCCUUCCAAACCGAAAACUCCAAUUCCUCCUCCUCCUCCUCCUACCAAACUGCAACGCAGUACCAAACCGGUAGAAAACCAAAAUCACAUUGGAUUUUUCGAAUAA